AAAUGAAUUUAUGAACGUGUGAUUGCCCUGCACAUCUGCCCUUAUGAAGUUAUGAACGUGUGAUUGCCCUGCACAUCUGCCCUUAUGAAGUUAUGAACGUGUGAUUGCCCUGCACAUCUGCCCUUAUGAAGUUAUGAACGUGUGAUUGCCCUGCACAUCUGCCCUUAUGAAGUUAUGAACGUGUAAUUGCCCUCCACAUCUGCCCUUAUGAAGUUAUGAACGUGUGAUUGCCCUCCACAUAUGCCCUUAUGAAGUUAUGAACUUGUGAUUGCCCUGCACAUCUGCCCUUAUGAAGUUAUGAACGUGUAAUUGCCCUGCACAUCUGCCCUUAUGAGGUUAUGAACGUGUGAUUGCCCUGCACAUCUGCCCUUAUGAAGUUAUGACCACAUAUGUUUUAAACAAUUAUACCUUAUUUCCCGAAAUAACGAAUGGUUUGAUUUUCAUGUAUACAUAUGUACGUAUAAUGCUGUAAUAAUUUAUGGAUGACUGUUAGGCCACGGGGUGAGGUUUUGAAGAGCAAAAUCUUCAUUAAGUUCAUAGCUUUUCACAAUUAUGUAGAAUCAGCGAGUUCUCUGAAUCGGAAAUGACUUCCAAUACAUGCAUGUAAAAACAACUAUUUAGGCAUAUUGAAAUGCAUUUUGGUUGGAAAGCCAAGCCGUUCCUUUAAUUGAACAAUGAAAGUUCAUAUCAUGUUUACAUCCGGAUAUUAAAAACAUCGAUUUUAAAUAUGCCUGAAACUGAAUUACACAUGAUUAUAGAAGCACUUAACAACGAAGUUAGGAAAACUGUGAUUUCGGUGAACGCGGAAGUUUAGGAAAUCUAAAGUGAAUAAAAACUGAAGAGCCUGCCAUUGAAGCGCGGAAGUUUUUAGAUCGUGUGUCACGAUUUGAUUCACACAUAGUUUGGAAACUAAGCAAUAUUAUUUCACUAAUUCAGUAUCAGAAAAUCCUAAGAAAGGACUCCAAUAUGAACCUGUUAGAAAGAAUUUGCACCUGUAUGCGCAAUACGUCACACACAGAGGACCGCAAAAAACCAUGACGUAUCGAGGUUCAACUGUCAACAUGGUAGACUGCGGUAAUGUACGCUGUUAUCAGGAAAGACGUUUAAUUAAAAAGGAAUUGAUGUCAUGGAGUAAAAAGAUUCCACUAGUCGUUGGUUUGGAAGCAGUAGCAGAACAAGUGGGAAGCCGAAGGAAAGUUAGAAAACUGUUUGAACCAUUCAAUUGCCUUGAACCUAAAGAGCCACAGGAUUGGGAACCGGAGGAGAACUGUUUUUACUGUAAAGACCGCAUUCAACUUCUGUUUGAUGCGAUAGAAAAGUCAGACUCGCGAGAAGGAGGAAAAAUUCUCAAAGACCAUCCUAGCUUACGACAUUUAGGUGAAGUGCUACCUUUCCUGCCGCAGUUCUACACCAGUGAUUUUGGGCGGGACAUCCUCACGGACAUCAAGUCUGGAAGUAACGAGGCGACGCCCACUCCCCCACCCCCUCCCAGUGACCCCUCACCAAGACCCAACAUCGAGCUCAAGGUCCCUGCUGUCUCAUCUCCUGGUCCAAGUAACAAAUCAAAAAAGGAGAGCCCCCAGAAUGGGAAGAAGGGCUACUCAAAUGAGGACCUAAGUGCCGCCAUGACAGAGGUCAAGAAUGGGAAAUUAGGAACCCGUCGGGCCGCCUCACUGUAUGGAGUGCCUCGAUCCACUCUCAGGAAUAAGAUGUUUAAGCCAGAAGAAGAGGAGUGCCAGAUAUCCGCAGCCAUGUUGAUGGAGGAUGACAAUUCCAGUAGUGAUGUUCCCCGCCACCUCCUGGCUCCCAGCGACGUCCCUAGCCUCAAACAUCUUCAACAGUUCUCAUUCCAGGAUAGACCCCUCAUGUUGACAGACCUGUUACAGUUGUCAUCUCUGCAGUACAUGGCACCGAUGGCGAUCCCAUACUUUUUGACACCGGAGAUGAUCAGCAUGCAGUAUGCAGAGGAGACCGAGUUGGAGCGCAGGAUACAGGCCAUCCGCCAUAAACACAACAUCUCUAGGGCGUCCAUGUCCCACUACAAGGCAAAGGCUUUAGCCAACCACAAGAUGAAGCCAUUCCAAUAUGAGCUGAUACGAAAACUGACACGGGAACGAUAUCAGCAGGAAAUGAAGUCACUGAAAGGGAAGAAAAGAGAAGAGAAGGCCAGCCAUAGCCUUGAAUCUCGUGACUUUAAACUUAGCCCCCAGUCGCACCGUGCUAAACCCAUUCGUGAGUACAGCUCCCCCACACCACCCCCGAACAAGAGAAGCAAGCGCGAGCACAAAAACAUUCCAAUGCUGGACUCUGGCGCUGUUUUACAGUCAGCGCUGUACAAGGCCUUAAAUGUAAACCAUCCAUUCCUAUCAACUGUCAAUGAGUCCAAUUCAUCUGAAUCAGACACUGCCGAGCACACACCAGAUUUUACCUUCCAGUCUCAUCCAUCUCCAGAGGGAGCAGGUCAAGGAAAGGAGGAGGAUAUUGAAAGAAAGAUAUAUGAUAGCCUGUUUAAAUAUGAGAACACAAGGAUUGGAGAUACCCUUAAAGACAUUAUUGUGAAGACAAUUUCAGAGAAAGUGAAGUGUAAGCUGGAAUCUACAGACUUCUCAGGGCUUAUUGGUGCCUCUUCUAGUCAAGCAGACAAGCAGAAAGCCAAGGAGACCAUUCUGUCUGCCUUUUCCUUGCCAGACACUGCUGCCUCUCCACCUAAGAGAAGUAGGCGUGGCUCUCACUCACGUGAAGCAAACGGAGCCAAGUCAUCAUCUACAACUCCAUCUUCAACCUCAACUUUAUCAAAUGCCUCAAACUCAUCCUCAUCUGGAAGCCCAGUAAAGAAAACCCGUCCGAAGAGAGGUCAGUACAGGAAGUACAACAGCCAGCUGCUUACUGAGGCUGUGAAGGCCGUCCAGAGAGGGGAAAUGAGUGUCCACAGGGCUGGCAGCUACUACGGGGUACCACACUCCACAUUGGAGUACAAAGUAAAAGAACGCCACCUUUUGAGGCAAAAGAAAAUUAAGGAGCAGCAAGAAUUGAAGCAAAAGCAGGCUGAAGAGGAGGCUAAAAAGAAAGAAGAGGCUGGCAAUUCAACCAGUUCAUCUGAUAGGGAAUCUUCUCCAGUGAAGAAAACUGCAGCUGGAGACUCGACCAAUCAUUCAAGCGCUAAGUCAAGCCCCCCUGCUACAGGUGCAUCCUCCUGGCUGCCGCCAAUAAGCAGUGGAUCCCUGUAUGAGAAUGCAGCGGCCCUUGGGUUGUUUGGUUCAGGCUAUGCCUUGAAUGCUCCGGCCUCAGACCUACUGAGGAAACUGCAGCACAAAGUUCAAAGUUGAACAUUUUGAAAACCAGACCGUUUAACCAUCAUCAUCAUCAACAUCAUUGCUAUCAUCUUCAUCACCGUGGUGUUGUUAUCAUCAAUGUGGUGUUGUUGUUGUUAUUGUUUAGUCAGCUAUUUUGAAAAAGGGUCUUAAAAUUCACUGAACAGUUUGUUAAGAAUUGUUUAAAUGCUGUUGUUAUUUUUUAUAUGUUUUUGUCAUGUUUUUUUGUCAUUCCUAAGUCAUACUAUGAAAACAUGUAACAUUAAACGGACUAGCAAACUGAUGGAUUUUUGUCGAUCAAGAAAAGAGUGACAUUUACCAAAUGAUUUAACAGAGAAUCAGAAUGUUAUCUGUAUUAAACCUAGAUUUGUUUAAAAAAUUGAGACUAAUAGUUAUUGUGCAGUCAUUAUUACUAUAAAGAUAUGAAAUUUGAACACAAAUGAUUCUUGCUAAAGGCUGCCAUGGAAUUGUAGAUGUCAAGACUUUUUAUCAAUUGACAGAGCCUUAUGAGGAUUUAUGGUCUAUAUUUAACUUAAAUUGUGUGUGUGCGGUGAUAAUAUUGUUGUUUUUCAUAUUUAAGUGUAUAUUUGUCGUUGUUUUGUUUUAUAUACCGUUUAAAUUAAUUGUUUUAAUUUAUUAUUAGUUCUAGUUAUUUCAAAUUUAACAUUUUCCAUCACCUGGAUUUUGUGUUUGAUAAUUUGUUUAUGCUUUAAAUAAUGAAUAUAUUACUAUUUAUGCUUAUUUCUCCUUUUGAGUUGUCAACUUAAUGUCUUCAUAAAAACACUUGGAUUUCAACAAAAUGAUACAAAUAUUAUACAUUUUUGAUCAAAGUAGUAUUUUUAAUAUUUAAUUCAGGCUUUUGUAUUAAUCAACUAUGAUUUAAAAUAUGGUAUUACCCAAGUAAUUGAAUAUGACAUAUUCACCUUGAUUUAGAAUAUGGAGACCCCAGUAAUCAAAUGUGACACAUUCCUCCUUAUUUUAGAAUAUGGUGACCGCAGUAUUUGGAUGUAACAUAUUCACCUUGUUUAAGAAUACGGUGACCCCAGUUACUGGAUGUGACACAUUCUCCCUUGAUUUAGAAUAUGGUGACCCCAGUUAUUGAAUGUGACAUAAUAACCUUGAUAUAGAAUAUGGAGACCCCAGUAAUUGAAUGUGACACAUUCCCUUGAUUAAGAUUAUGUUGACACCAGUAAUUGAAUAUGACAUAUUUACCAUGACCAGAACCUUUCUCAAAGGUAUGUCUGACUUUACAGCAUUUUCUCUUUGGGUUUUAAAUGAAAUUUAAUGAGAUAAAAAAGACACAUAUGUCACCUCUAUGCCACCAAAGAAUGCCUUGAAAAAUGGUUGUAAUUAUUUGAAUGGCUAUGUUAAGUGGACUUAUGAAAACAAUAUAAAAUCCCAAUAAUUUUAGUGUCAAGAGGAGUAUUUUAAUUAGAUUAUGAUUUUUAUAGUGAAUGUCAUUUGAGAUAUUUUUUAGUCAAUUACGAUUGUUUUUGAUGAGAAAAAAUAAAAUUGCAUUAAUAUUUUUGUUAUCAAUGUCAACUAUUUUUGUGCAUUAUAAAUCUACUUUUUAGAAUUGUCUCAUGAUAAGUAAUAACAUUUAUUUGCAUGUGGUUUUAUUUCAUCACACACUUAUUGAGAUAUUCCUUGCACAGCAAUGAUUGCUCAUGUUCUUGUUCUAAACAAUGGCUUUGUGAAGGGUUUGAAUAGUAAUCCAUUAAAUUGCAUUCAGUUAUAGUGAUUGGGUGCAGUCUGAUUGAUUUUUAAUGGUUUUUAGAUAAUCAAUUAAACCAGAAUCGAACUUGGUGAGAAAUGUGUGCAUAUUGAAGUAGGAGUGUAAACAAUUUGACAAAUGCACACGUUGUUUAUACAUAUAUGUGAAUAGACUGACAUUUUUCAUGGGGCCAAAAAAUAAAUGGUUUGGUUAGGGUUACAUCCUUUACAAAAAAAACAGGUUGGUUAUACAUACCGGUAGGUAGGCUUUUUAUUUUAUUUUUGUUUCAUUAGGCUUUAUAUAGGAAAGUUAUUGUCAUUGUUGGAGAAUGUUGUUUAAGUAAUCUUCUGUAUAAAGCUUUAAAGGUUUUAAACUACAUAUUAAAACACACACUCAAGAAAAAUAAUAUAAUAAUGAUAUAUAUAAUAAAAAAUAUUUUUAUUUAUAUUAAUAUAUUAUUUAUUUUAUAGGAUCGGCACCUAUUUCGUAGGUAGGGUCUGGUUAUCCAAACCAAAUGUUGUUGUUUUUUAGGCCUGGUCAUAGGGACACAUAAAAAACUUCACAAUUUUAAAAACAAAGUUGCAUAAUAAGCUAUUUUUGUUAAAGACAUUGAUCCAAAGAAAAUCAUAGACUGUAAAGGAGGUUUUUGCUUUAUAAAUCAUACCACAACCUUGAUAAUUUUAUGUUAUAAUAUUUUAAUGCUUUGUUACAUUUACUUGCAGUAAAUGGUAUGCCAUUUAAGACGUGUUAUAUACUGAUUGAUGGUAUCUAUUCUCGCCGUGCUAUUCAGAAUACCAAUUAGCCAGAUUUUUAAAAUCACCCUAGGUUUUUGCAAAGUAUGUAAAACAGUUUUAUGCUCGGAAUACUAAUAAGCCUGUUUGUUCUUUUUAAAAUCAUCACUAUUUUUUUUUGAUGAAUUAAAAUAUUAACUUUGACAAAGUGUACACAGAUUUUCGCUGAAUAGUGUUUGAAAAUGAAAAAUGUUGACAUUAUUGACUUAAUUUAAGCAUCCUUGAUCUUGACCUAUAGCUUAUAUCAAUUUACUUCAUUAUAUUUAUUAUUACUGUCAUAAGUACCUUUGCCUUAUCUGUAAGAAUUUUUACAUAACUAUGAUAUCUACUGGGUGCUGAUUUAAUAUUUUCUGCUUUAAACAUAAAUCAUAAAUUCACUUUUUUAUUUAUAUCUGUGUUUAUCCUAUUUAUUUAAAUUAAUUAGUUUUGUAUUCAAAUUUACAUUUUAAAGUCUAUGUAAAAUAUUUAUGUUUAGAGGUGGGGUUUUUUUAAUGGUGCAUUGAUCAUAUUGAUUGUUCUGUGCAAUGUAUGAAUAUUCUAGUCCCUAACUUUUAUGUAUGACAUUGUUUUACCUCGAUUUGCGUUUCUCUGUGGUGGAUAGAAAUCUCAUAUGAUCUAGUCAAUGAAUAUGAAAUUAUUUUGUUUUUAUAUUUAUUUUUGUGCUUAAGAGUUAUACUACUUUUGUGUAGAAGCAUGACAAACAUAUAAGGAUUACUUUGUAUGGCAGCGUCAUCUGCUUCAUGGUCUAACGUAAGUUUCCGCUAAAUAUUUUUUCAAUCACUUCUUGUUGAGUCUUCAAACUUGGUAUGCACAUUGGUAGAAGUCAGUAGAUGACCCAUAUUUAUUUUUGGGUCAAAACUUCACACUCAUGGUGGUAUUUACUAAAAUAUAUGGCUCUUUCAUUUCUGAUCAAGAACUUUUGAAUGACUUGAUGCAGAGUUUUCAAACUUGGUAUGCACUCUGGUCAUAAUCAGGAGAUGACCCAAAAUGAUUUUGGGUUCAAUAGGCCAUAGAUUAAGGUAUUUUUUACCUAAGCUAGAAAAAUAACAACUUUUUAUUAAUAACUUUUGAACAAUUCUGUGUCAAGUUUUCAAACUUGGUAUGCAUGUAAGUCAUGGUCAGUAGAUAACCCGAAAUGAUAUUGGAAUCAACAGGCGAAAGGUUAAGGAGUUUUUUGCCUUUUCUAGAAAAAUUAGGACAAAUUUUUGUUCAUGUCUUUUAAACAACUCUGUGUAAAGUCUUCAAACUUGGUAUGCAUGUUGGUCAUGGUCACUUGAGUAGAAUACAGGUGCUACUGAUAGUUGACACAUCUGAAUUUGCGGAAUUCUAUUUAUUUGAGUACAUUUCAACUGUAUACUUACAAAAUGUGCUCUUGCACCUUGGUGUAUAUUUGUUUUAGAUACAGUCAUGUGUAUGACUUACUCAUGUUCAUUGAAUCUCAUUUUACAAUCCUCAUAAACUAUGUUAUUUUUCACUUUUAGAGUUCAUACAAGUUACAUUGUAGUCUGAUCAUUCCAAAUAUUCAGCAGUGGCUUUAAAAUAUUGUUUAUGGACAAGUUUGCAGACUGAUCUAGUCAAACUGAAUUCUUUGUAAAUAUAAUCCAUCUUGUGUGUUUAAUAUUACCAAAUACAUCAUUGUUAUUGUUUGUAUGCACCUCUUCUUUGGUUCAAAUCAAACAAGUUAACACAAAUAAACCUUGAACAUAAUUUUUUAUGACACAGAGAGUCAAACUGUGAUCGUUUGAGGACGCCGGGGCCCGAACAACCCAAGUUUCAAUUUAGUCUCUUAUGAAAUGUCUUACAAUGUAUUUUUAAAGUUUAAAGUUGUAUAGAUAUAAUACAUUUCUUAUUAAUCACCCAUUGACUCUUCAUUGUGUUAAUGAACCAUAUCAAUUUUGAUUCUGAAUUGGUGCUUAGAAUUCAUUCUGUGAAGAGUUUUGACAUUUUUUUUUAGUAAAUGAAGGAUUCUUUUCAGAUCACUAUUCUAUAUGUUCGAUCACACAUGUAUGUACAUGCAUCAGGGGUUCUAAAGUUCCGGAUUAAUCCUAGAAUCAGGAUAGAGAGCUAUUAACUUUAGACUAUCAUACAGUUUUGAAUAAAUGUUUUUCACUUAGAAAUUUCAAUAAAAAGUAGUAUGAAAUACCUUAAAAUGAAUAUAAAUCACUUUGCAGACAAUUUCAAAGCAUUUGAAGCCCAUGUACCCGGCUUUGGGCAUUAACCACCCAUACUCAAAUAGAACCCUGGUCCCAAUUUCUCUAAACAUUUUAAGUCCCUUAUAACAGGAUUAAGCUAAGCUCACUAUUUUUGUUGGUUUAUAAUAUGCGUUAUAUUAACUUCUUUAGGAGUGUUAGGAAUUAUAUAGAAAUAACUUGUAUGAUAAUCACAAUAAAUCAUUUUUCAUUUAACAAAAUACAUUUUCUGUAUGUAUUUUGGUUAAUUGAAAUAAGCUUCUUAAGCAGCUAAGUUAAGCCUGUUUAGCUUAAGAAGUAUCGAGAAAUUGGGGCCUGGCUAUUAUUUUCAAGAUUGACCCUUAUUAGCUGUAAGAACCCCUCAUGUACAUGUGGGUACAUUUGUACAUGUAUGAUGGGUAUGUACAUUGCUUUUUCCUCAAUAUUGUUGCUUAUAAGAUCAGUGCCUUGGCUUGUGUAUUGUUUUUCAUAUUAACUGAUCCAUAUAUUUUAUAAGGUUCAUUUUUCUUUGUCCAAUCUUUUGUAUUGUCGAUAUGGAAUAAUCAUUCCAUGAGAGAUAUAUUUAUACAUGUAUGAACUGUAUGAUUUACAUGUGGAUAUACAUUAUAUGUAUAUGUAUUGUAAAAUUCUAUUUAUCUAUUCUUUUAUUUCAAUAAAAUUAUUGGAAUCUCA